AAAUGCUGUUAAUCACUAGCCUAUCUAACUGGUUUUCAGUCUCGUUUUCUGGGGAAGGAAAGCUAGGCUAGACAUGAGCAUAGCUUCCGCUCCCUAUAUUUUGUCAAUGGCAAACAAAUUCGUGCUUAACUCUCGACAAAAAUCUGAAUCUAGGAAACCUGAUCCUGCCAUUUCACUACUUCAAAUCUGUAAAAAAGUAGAAGAGCUAGCACAAGUGCAUACCCUUCUUGUCAAGACCUCCCUUAUCAGAGAAAAACAUGCCUUUGGCAGUCUCCUUUUAUCAUUUGCCUCCGUUGAUAAUCUGGGUACUCUUGACUAUGCCCAAAAACUGUUUGAUACCAUCGAUAUCCCAAGAAAUUCAUUCAUGUAUAAUACCAUGAUAAGGGCCUACGUGAAUUGUGGUAAUCCAAGAGAGGCAUUUGUUGUUUAUUCAAAAAUGGUACGUGAGGAUUCUGCGUAUCCUGAUGAUUUCACUUUUACUUUUGUGUUUUCUGCUUGCUCUAAGUUUAAUGGUGUUUCUGAAGGCAAGCAAGCUCAUGCUCAGAUGAUAAAAUGCCCUGUUAAGUUUGGGCCUCAUUCUUGGAAUUCCUUGAUGGAUUUUUAUAUGAAGAUUGGAGAGAUAGGAAUUGUGAUUCAUCGCUUGUUUGACAGGAUUGAGAAUCCAGAUAUUGUUUCUUGGAAUUGUUUGAUUGAUGGGUAUGCAAAAUCAGGGAAUUUGGGUCAGGCACGACGAGUUUUUGAUGAAAUGCCUCAAAGAGAUGUGGUGUCUUGGACUAUAAUGCUUGUCGGCUAUGUAAAUGCUGGUUUGUUGAGUGAAGCUUCUUAUUUAUUCAAUGAGAUGCCAGAAAGGAACUUGGUUUCUUGGACUGCGUUAGUUAAUGGUUACUUAAAAAUGGGUUAUUAUGGUGAGGCUUUGGAUCUUUUCAAAGAGAUGCAGAUUGCCGAGGUUGAAAUGGAUGAGAUCACUAUAACAACUUUAAUCUCUGCUUGUGCCAAGUUGGGAGCUUUGGAUCAAGGCCGUUGGCUCCACACUUACCUUGAUAAAAGUGGGAUUAAAGCUGAUGCCCAAUUAUCAACGGCGUUGAUUGAUAUGUACAGCAAGUGUGGACGAAUAGACUUGGCUAGGAAAGUUUUUAAGGAAACAGAAGAUAAGAAAGUAUUUGUCUGGAAUUCAAUGUUAGGAGGGCUGGCAAUGCACUCAUUUGGAGAGGAAGCUAUUGAGCUCUUUGACAAGAUGAUAGAGUGUGGAAUAGAACCUAAUGAAAUCACAUACAUCAGCAUUUUAGCAGCAUGUAAUCAUUCAGGUCUUGUUGAUGUUGGAUUGUAUCUCUUUAAUCGACUAGUGGAAGAUCAGAAAGUGCAACCUAAAAUAGAGCACUAUGGAUGCCUUGUGGACCUACUGGGUCGUGCAGGUUUAUUAGAUGAUGCAUUUCAGGUAGUUAAAACUAUGCCUUUGAAAGCUGAUGGAACUAUAUGGAGAGCCCUCCUUGGUGCUUGUAAACUGCAUGGAAAUGUUAAGUUGGCAGACCAAGUUGGGAGAAUUUUGAUCAAGUUGGAGCCCCAUAAUCACAUGAAUUAUGUGCUUCUUUCGAAUGUAUAUGCAAUGGUUAAUAGAUGGGAAAUUGUAGGAGAGUUAAGGAGAGAGAUGAAAGUGAAAGGUUUGACAAAAAUGCCUGGAUGCAGCAUGAUUGAGCUGAACGGUGUAGUCCAUGAAUUUGUUGCUAGAGACUCUUCUCACCCCAGGAGUAGAGAUGUUUAUGAAUUGUUGAAUUUAAUGACUAACCAUGUGAUGCAAGAGUCCAUGGACUGUCAACGACCAUGCCAAUAAUAUGUCAAAUUUUCAGGUAUUUUCAGGUUAACACGUUGCUGCCAGAUUUUAAGGACAAAUGAGUAUCUUUCCUGAGAACAAUCAUGUUGCUGAGCCACCAAGUAUUGUAGUCAUGACAAGCUUGUAACUUGGUAUUGAUGGUUGGCUAUAAGUUCAUGACAGAUAGGCUCGCUAUCAAAUAGACAUACCAACAUAGAUGUGAAGAGCUUCAGGAAGAUAGACCGCAACAAAGGUAGUGCAUAUUUCUGCCUUUAUAGAGUUGAAGCUUGGAGAGCUUGGAGAGAGAAACAUAAUAGAGGCUCUAAGCUAGCUUGUACAUUAUAGCUUAAACUUUUUAAUACAUCAUAUGCAUAAUUGUUGUA